GGGGGACAAAUCGCUGGAAAGCUGUCAUCAUGAUGAAAACUGGCUUUGUGGUUUGUGUGGUUCUAUCACAGCUACUGAAUGGAAUUUUGGCUAUCCGCGUUCACUGCAGACACACGGAGAGAAUUCAUGAGGAAAACAUUCACCACUGCUGCCAGCAUCCUGAUGGCCAUAACGACAUUACGGAAAUGUGUGCCAAGCAGACCAACUUCCGACUCCCGAAUCCCGAGGAGGAGGCCAUGGAGGAUGUGACGGUGGACCAGGCGAUGGUCGGAACCUGCUGGGCCAAGUGUGUCUUCGACCAUUUCAAUCUGAUGGAGAAUAGCACUUUGGAUAUGGUGAAAGUGCGCUCGUAUUACAAAAGUUACCAUAAAACCGAUCCGGAAUAUGAAACAGAAAUGUUGAAUGCCUUUGAGAAAUGUCACUCGAAUUCUGAGGAUGCCACCGAACAGUUCCUAUCACUUCCAAUUAUAAGAGUCUUUUCCACCGCCAAGUUCUGCAAACCGACUGCUAGCAUCAUUAUGUCCUGCGUUAUAUAUAACUUUUUUCAUAAUUGUCCAAAAAGUCGAUGGUCCAACUCCACCGAGUGCGUGGAGACUUUGGCCUUUGCCAAAAAGUGCAAGGAUGUGCUGACAACAAUGUGAAA